AAAAAAUGGCUGGUGGCAAGGCAGGAAAAGACAGUGGCAAAGCCAAGGCAAAGGCAGUGUCGCGCUCCCAGAGGGCUGGGUUGCAGUUUCCAGUGGGUCGUAUCCACAGGCACUUGAAGACCCGUACAACCAGCCAUGGCCGUGUAGGAGCCACAGCAGCUGUGUACAGUGCUGCUAUCCUUGAGUACCUCACUGCUGAAGUACUAGAAUUGGCAGGAAAUGCCUCCAAAGACUUGAAGGUGAAGCGUAUCACUCCCCGUCACUUGCAGCUUGCCAUCCGUGGUGAUGAGGAGUUGGACUCUCUUAUCAAGGCAACAAUUGCUGGUGGAGGUGUCAUUCCCCACAUCCACAAAUCCCUCAUUGGGAAGAAGGGCCAGCAGAAAACUGCAUAGAUGCCAUGUUGACCAGAAGUUUUGGGGCUUGGGCUUUGAUUGGACCAGGAGUUGACAUUUGUUUUUUUUUUAUCAUUAAUAUUAUAGCAAACAAAGAGUGAUUGUUAGUUUUGUGUUGUAAUAUUUUCCCAUAACUAGAAAAAAAAGUACAGAAAACCCCUUAACAAAAGAAAAACCCUUUGUAUGUUAUUGUAGAACGUUUGCCUGGGGAAUAUAUGAUUAUUUCAAAUGGUGACAGUGAAUUUGUUUGAUUGGCCUGGGUCUCUGUAAUGUUUUAUACUGAAAAAAGACGUUGUUAAACCUUUUUUAUAUAAAAAGUUGUUUUGUGGUUAUUUUCUUGAAGUUACAAUAUUUGCUAUCAUACAACUUUUUAAGGAGAUUUUGUUUCUUUCGAUGACAAAUGCUAAAUGUGAUGUGGUGCUUUUCCCCCCUGUUGACUUACUGUUAUAUUUUCAACUGCACAAGGAUAGUGUUGUAUUAAAAGUUGACUUUUUACAUCAAGAUGACAUUUUUUUACAAUGCAGUUUAUUGCAACCUUUGUCAAAAGAUUGAUGUUAGUUGUUGCAAGUUAAGAAAAGUGUUAGACCAUAAUUUAAGUAUGUAAUCAGGGAGCAGUCUCACUGUGGAAACAUCUGCUAAUAACAAAAGUAAUCAAUAGGUGCCCCGUGAUUGAAGACUAUUGAAUGCAGAUUGAAAAGCACAUCAAUAUAUCAGUCUGUAAGUCUGCCUUUUUUAAAGUAUGUAUUCAGGGAAAUUACUGCAUAUUUUAUCUUUUAAUAAAUACCAAAUGCAUGUUA